UCAUUGUUGUCAAAAUAAAGCGAUCAAGAGCACCUACAUACAUUCGAGAGUUUUCUCACACACCUUUUCGCCUUUUUUUCCUGGCUCAACAGUGCUGAAAAACAAUUUCCAUUUCGGUCCGCGAUCCCGUGCAUCGUCGUACGUGCUGCGCAUAAAAUUAAUAUUGACCAGCCCCAGAAAGCCAAAUUGUCAGUAGCUGCCGUCUGAGGGCUGCCAAGUAGCGAGAACCCGUGCUGUGUUGUCCUCUGUGUACCUCUGUGUGCUAGUGUGUGCCCGUGAGCGCGUGUUUGUGUGUGUGGCGUUUAGCCACAUUGUGUUCGAGAACAAACGGGGGCCAGGUACGAAAAAUCGAGUGUUGCUUCCUUGUUGGAGGUGUACGCGUUUUCUUUUGUUGUAGCCGUAGCCGUUGCCCGUUCGGUGUUGUUGCGCCUUUCGAGGUCGCGCGCGUACCGUGUAAGUGAGUGUGUGUAUAGUGUAUUGGGCAAUAAAAAAAAAACCACCCAGGAAGUGUGCGUGCGUAACAAAAACAGUGUGCGAAGCGUAAUAGAGCUGCGUGCGUGCGUACGUGCGUGUGUGUGUGUGUGUGGUUGUUUGUGCAAUCCUUGCCAAGGGGGGACCGUUCAGCUAUAACGCAACGCAUUUUAAGACACACAAAUUCACCUGGGUGAAAGCUCAUCAUUCGUUGGACCAGUUGGAUCGAUCACCAUAAUCCCUGAAAACCCAGCGUUUGCUACGUUUUCCAUUCACGAAAACAGGGUUGCAAAGAAAGACUCUUGCAAAGAGAGCGAGAGAGGGAGAGCGAAGGCAGAAAAGCGUUCGGCUUACGGUACGGUUGAGAGCGAGGCAGAGCGCGACCCAAGUCAGCAGCUAGACGCAAGCAAACGCCAAGGAGGCAGAUACAAAAUACGCGGUCAUCUUUGGCGUCACCAUUUGGGGUCUUCACGAUCAUAAAGGGCAGGCAGACAACGGAUCGCCGCCAAUACAAAACGACACCACCAGGGGCGGAAGUGCAUCGCGUGCAUUUAUUUCGAGAGUGAAUCCAUCGUGUGCAGAUCGAAGCAUCUGUGCUCGCGUAUCGGAGCUGCCUCGAAGCGCAACGUGCAACACGCGCGGCAGUCGAAUCUGUGCAGCGGUCACAGAGAUAAGUGGCGCGAGUGCUGGCUGUUGGCUAAACACGUUCAACGACGCGAUUAGGAAGGAAGGAAAGGCCAUUCCUUUAGCUUCUUGCUAGGCGUGCAAAAUACAUCAAUCUUCAACACAAAAACACAUACACCUCCACACAUCCACGAUGACCGCCACACCGUCCAGUUCGGCCGUGCGUGCCCUCUCGCUGGAAUACAAAAGCCUGCAGGAGGAACCCGUCGAGGGAUUCCGCGUGAAGCUGCUGAACGAGGAUAAUCUGUUCGAGUGGGAAGUGGCCAUCUUCGGCCCGCCGGACACACUCUACCAGGGUGGCUACUUUAAGGCGCACAUGAAAUUUCCCCCAGACUAUCCAUAUUCUCCACCGUCGAUAAGAUUUUUAACAAAAGUCUGGCACCCGAAUGUCUACGAGAAUGGUGAUCUCUGCAUCUCAAUCCUCCAUCCACCGGUUGACGAUCCGCAGAGUGGCGAACUGCCGUGUGAACGAUGGAACCCGACGCAGAACGUACGUACCAUCCUGCUAUCCGUGAUUUCCUUGCUCAACGAACCGAACACCUACUCGCCAGCAAACGUCGACGCGUCCGUCAUGUACCGAAGAUGGCGAGAUUCGCACGGCAAGGACAAUGAAUAUCCUAACAUAAUAAGACGACAAGCACAGGCCGCCAAGGCUGAAGCGGAAAAGGAAGGCAUCAUUGUACCGCUCACGCUAGAAGAGUAUUGCAUCAAGUCGAAAACGAAACCUACCGGCCAGGAGCCACAGCUCGAUAUGACCGACUUCUACGACGAUGAUUACGAUCUCGACACGGAGGACGACGAUAAUGCAUCGGUUGAAUCGUACGCCGACGGUGAUGACAGUGGCAACGGUGAAUCCUAACGAGCUUACACUCUCGGCCAGACGACGGCGACGAUGACGGGCAGCAUCAGCGAAGAAAUGUAACCAAAUCGAGUGAUGUGUCCCGUAAAGCAUGGGGGAGACAUUCGGUUCAAAGCUUGGGCCAGGAAUUAUAAAAAUGAAUGCCGAUGAGAGAGAGAGAGAGAGAGCGCGCGGGAGGCAACAGCACAACCCUUUUUGGGUGUUGCGAUCUCAAACAGCAAAGCUCUCGUUGGCGGUGGCGGAAUCUGUCGUCGAAUCGUGUUUGUUGCUGAUGAGUGUGCCAAUGUUCGCGAGACAUUGUUUGUCUGUUAUGGUUUUUCCUUUUCGUUGCCCUGUCACACACACACAUCGGCCGGCAAAAAAAAAAUUGGAAGGUUAAGUGCGCGCCACCACCACCAAACGUGUAAAGGGAAAAGGAAGUGUAUGAAAUUAUUGUGAAGGCAGUGAAGGAAGCUGCUGUAGUAUUUUUAAACCACACACACACACAGAGAACUGAAAGCCCUGCUCAAAUCGAUGCAAUCAUCUCUAAUCUAAUGAUUGUGGCUGGAUGGAUAGAAGAAGAAAAGCGGAGAUCGAUUGAUCGAUGGCGGAGAGAGAGAGAGAGAGCGAUCGUGCAUGUUAUCUCAUGGCGUACUAAAAUCUGUGUAGUGAUGAUAGUUUUUAAAAAUUUCCGCGAAGCGAUGCAAGCGCGUCUGCGAGGUAUAAUUUGAACCACCCCAAAUCACAAUGGAACAGGGUAACCCUAAAUUUUUUGUUUUAUAUCAGCAUUAUUUAGUGUGAACAUCAGAGACGUAAUAAACAUUUUAUAUUUUUUCGUCCUUUUUUCUUGCGAUGCUUUUUUUUUUUGUUUCGAUUUUUGUGCACUAGCUUCGGGUUUUUCUUCUUUGCUAAGCUCGAUUAGCUGCUGUACUCGUUGCUCUUUUGUGUCCCUAUGAACUCGUAAUGAAGCAGCACGUGAGAGAAUAGUAAGAGUCGAGGGAAGAAAUAGUUGAUGCGAACCUAAGGCGCGCGCGUCCGCUGUUACACGUAUGAUUGAUAUGAACAAGCGCAUCCCUUAAUCAUAAUUAAUUACGUUCAAUUAGUCUCCGGAUAAGUGCAAGUGCGCAGGACACAGUGUAUAGACGGGGGCAGAAUAUACGAAACACCUGUGCUCGAGAAAGGACAUGCAAUAGUUUGUAGUUUUACCUAGCAGCGCGAGACAUCGUGAGAGAGAGAGAGCUCCGUAGACCCAAACCGAUAGCGAUGCGUAAAGUGGACAUGGACGGUGACCUGGAAAAUGGAAACUGCGUAUUAUUAUUGAUAAUGAGAGAAAUGUUACAAACGAAGAGGAAGAUCGCCGUCUUUGAUUACUCUGUAAGCCACCCCCCGCCGAGCGAGCGCCGAUGAACAGGCAGCCAAGUACGAAUCGAACGCUAUUGAGGAAGGCAGAAAUAAGGCGACAAAGGUUCCCUUCUUUCCAUCCAUCCACCGACACACCCUAACCUCCAGGGUGGCCGAGUGCGUUUGAGUGUGUGUGUGUCAAGCAAUCCUUUCUCACACGCUACUCUGGAAGCUCUUGGGGUGUGCGGUGCCGCUAACGAACAUUAUUUUUUAUUAAUUUAAUUAAAAUUGUUCAUUUACCGAUUUUUUUUUUCGUUUACCAUUUCCCUGAAAACGCUCAUUACAAAACAGUUCAAAACGUCCAAAAGCAUCGUCAUCUCUUCAAUCAGGCAGUGUAGAAUGUAAAUACAUGAUUAACAGUGCUAGCAAAAUGUC